ACUGUCGUUCAGUCUCAUUUUAGCAGUGACAGAGUGAAAGCGAUUUCCUAAAAUUUCGGAUCUGUUUUUCCCUAAAUCAUAAUUCCUAAAUUUUUUUUUGAAAUAAUGUUGCAUAUUACUUUAAAGUUUAGAACAAAAUACCAAAAGAGAAGAGAAAAAGUGAAAUAAUAGCAUAGUAAAAUAUUAAAAACUGGUCGCACUUAAGUUGGACGCUGCUCCGCCAUAUUCUUUUUCUCUGUCUAUUGUACAUGAGCUGUGUGGAAUAACCAAUACCAACACAUAUAUAGAUGGCAAAGUGAAAAGGCCUUACGAGACGAAGUGCCACACGAACGAACGAACGACUAGAGUGUGUGCUUGUGUGAAAAAGAGGUGGUGGAUGAAUUUUGGAUUCUUCACUCUUGUGAAAUAAAAACCUAAAUUUGAUGGUCGUGCAUCUCGUUUUGUUUUUCGAAUUUAAUUUGCUAGAAAAAGAAAAAACAAUAAUAAACAUUUACAUUAAAAAACAACAAUAAAAAAUAACCAAAACAAAUAAAUGCAGCAAGUGUGAAUUGAAAAAAACAGAUUUUCCUUCAAAACUAUUGGAAUUUGAUAAAGCGAAGUUGUGAAUUUAGUCAAUUGUUGGCACAGUGCUUGCGUAAACCCAAAAGUACACUUUGCCAACAAUAGGAUCCCCAAAUGAUGGAAGAUUUAACAAAAAAUAUUAUAUUUACUAAUGCUCUUGGAGCAAAUGUACAACCGACUACCAUACAAUACCAAACAGCUGACGGGACCAUAUUGAAGCAGCCCAAGAUUGAAGGACAAAAGGAACAGCCCACAUUUUAUUAUACCACAACGAAUGGAAAUGGUACCACCGUAAAUCUGGCACAACUUACCACCGAGGACAACAAAACCUGCUACAUUGCUCAACCAGUGGGUGGUUAUAAUUAUGCUUUGGUUAAUGGCAUGCAGUUGAAUCAAUUAAAUCAAGGAGGCACCAUAGGUAUAGCGACUCUGGAUCCCCAAGGAAGGCUGCAGAUAGUCAAUCAAAACAAACCCUUGGCAGCAUCUUUGCAGACCAUAUCCCCCAUACAAAAUACCAUCUCAAAUAUUAGUUUCAAGUGUGAUGUCUGUGGUCUUAUGUUUUCCCACUUGGCUCUGUUGAAUCAUCACAAAAGGACACAUGCUCAAGAUGGCACUGAACAGCAUCAGUCUCAACAGGAGACCAUACAAUUGGUAAAUGCUCAAGGCUUGGUACAGACACAAAACAUUAUAACAGAAAAUGGGCAAAUGGGUCAGAUACAGAUAGUGGCCACAGAGGCUUUGGAAUCCGCUAAUCCUGUGUUGCAACAACAACAACAACAGCAGCAGCAACAACAAGCCACACAACAGACUCUGCAACAACAACAGCAGCAGCAACAACAACAUCAGACACAGCAUCAACAACAAACGCAACAACAGCAACAAACUCAACAACAUGGUAAUGAUGUUCUAACACAAAAUUCUGUUGGAAAGUCGCUAAAAUUGGAUCAUAGUAAAUGCAACACCUGUGGAAGUCAAAUUGUACAACCUGCCAAACGUAAAGGAGCCAAGAUAACACGCUGUGAUUCCUGCAUACAGGCUGAGCAAGCACAACAAGCAGUGCUGGCAGCCCAACAGGUGCAGCCCACUCAGAUUUUUGUGGCUCCCGAUGGUGAAAUCAAAUUCGAAAUGAACGAUUUGGGCAGCGGCAAUUCAGAGUCCUCCAUGGACUCCCUAAGUGGUGGUGGAGGUGGUGGUGGUACCACCAUGAUACAGCAACCGGUACAAAUUAUUUCCACCAAUGCCCAGGGCCAGCAACAAAUUCAAGUGGUGACCACACAACAGCCUGCACCCACGAAUAGCUCACAUUCAUCCGGGGCCAACAACUCUAAGAGAGAAUCUUCCUGUCAUGGAUCGAAGAAGAAAUGUUCCUCGGCCAAAGUAACCAAAUGCAACAAAUGCAAUGGCUCGGGCAUGGUGUAUGUAGGCUCUGGUGCGCCAGCGUCCAAGCAGCAGACAUCGCAAGCCGUGGCCUCUAUAAAGACAGAAAAUGCCAAGCCCUUUACUUGCAAUAUUUGUGGAGGCACCUUCUCUCGAUACUCCAGCCUGUGGUCUCACAAGAAACUGCAUAGUGGCGAAAAGAACUAUAAAUGCACCAUAUGUGGUUUGGCCUUUGCCAAGGCAGUGUAUUUGAAAAAUCAUGCACGCAUACACACAGGAGAAAAGCCUUACAAAUGUCAAACCUGCGGCAUGCAGUUCUCCCAAUCUCCACAUUUGAAAAAUCAUGAACGCACUCACAGCGGCGAAAGGCCCUAUGUGUGUGAGGUAUGUGACAAAGGAUUUGCCCGCCAUGCCACUUUGUGGAAUCAUAGGCGCAUCCACACUGGCGAAAAGCCCUACAAAUGUGAAAUAUGUGGCUCUGCCUUCUCGCAAGCGGCCCAUCUAAAGAAUCAUGCCAAAGUACAUUCGGGCGAGAAACCCUUUAAAUGUGAUAUCUGCUCGGCAGCAUUUGCCGAUCGUUUUGCUCUCAAACGACAUCGUGGUAUUCAUGAAAAAUAUGGUCAGACAGCACCUAGACAACCCGCCCAAACUCCCGUCUCUCAGCAACAAAAUCAUCAUCAUGAUAACGACCAAAUGAUGCACCAUAAACAGGAAAUGCCUGAUAUGGAUGAUGAUGCUCAGCAUGAAGUUGUUAUUACCGGCUUAUAGAGCAACUCAAACAGAGGUGGAAUUACAAAUCGAAAUAACAGCGGCGGAGGUCCGUAUACCACAACAACAACAACAUAUCAGCAUCAUACGCAUCAAUCCCCAGAAGAACAACAACAUCGAUCACAACCACCCAAUACACAGGCAUCAGCAACCAGCACUUGUGCAAUGCAGACAUUACAUACAACAACAUCAACAUCAUCUUCAGCAGCAGCCACAACAUCAGUGUCUUCUAGCCCCGCAGUAGGAUUUCAGCCGACUGCUGCCACAGCACCAUCCAGUUCCUCCUAUUUACAUAAUUAUCAUGCAUCACAUCCGCAUCCACAUACACAUCCGCCACCGCCUCCCUCGUUUUACUAUCCCCAUAACAUGAAUUCGAAUUUAGCCAAUAUAACUGAAGUCAUAGCGCUUAAUUCAGAUCAUGGAAGCCCAUCCCUUUUGACAUCAAUGUCAAAGCGGUAAUUGAUGAAAUUUUAAGUUGGAGACUAACUAGGAGUGAACCCAAUCCUGUACGCAUGUAGGACACUUUACUUUCGUUUUCUAAAUGGUGCUGUUUAACUCUUCCUUCCCUCUUACGUAACUACACACAACAUUGAAAUUGGAGUAAUUUAAGAUGUACAUAUAUAAAUAUACACAAAAAAAACUACAAAGCCUGUUAACAUUAUUACUUUCUUUACUAGUAGUUAUUUAUAUUAAAUCACUAAGGUAGGGUAAUCCUGUGAUUUGGCAGAUUAGCAAUAGAAUUUCUCCUAAAAUCUUUUUUUUUUAUUUUUAUUGGCUUAAGCAUAGCUUUCCUUAUUACAUUAGCAAAGUUUUCAGACAUUUUUUUUUGAAGACCACUAUUAUUUAAAUGUAAGAAACCAAGAAAGUUGCAAUUGCUGGCAUCUUUUAAAACCCAAAUAUCCCUAAUUUAAAUAAAACAUAAAAUAUUUACAUACACUUUUUAUUAUACACCUUGCGCAUAGAAAUACAAAUAAUUUAUAAUAUAACUAAAUAUAUGAUGUAUAUGCAUAUAUCAUAAAUAACUUCAAUAACUGACUUAGAUACGUAUAUAAUUUAUAAAUAUCUUUAGAAUCUAUAUGUCAUAUAUAUUAUAUACAUAUAAAUUAACCCUAGAUAUAAACAAAAGAAAAUGAACAAUAUAAACUAAAGAUAAGAAGCAAAUUUUCCUAGAAAAUUGUAUUCCAAUAAGGAUUUUUAGUUAAAAUAUUUAUAUAAUAUACAUAAACUCAUUGUCAUCAUCCAUCUACACCACCAUAGCCACCACAGAUACUAUAAAAAUAUAAUAAAAAAAAUUCUUUGCUUGAAUUCUCCAUCUAAA